AUGGGGACGCCUGAGCCGAAGGAUUUCGUUUACGAAGAGAAGUUCCCCGUUAAGGCUCCGAAAGGAGCCGUCCGGGACUCGGUCCAAAAACCGAGUUCCAUUGGACCUGCUGCUAAGCGGGACCCCGGCGUCGCUGAAAAGCGAGGUCGAAACCUGGAGCGCGAGCAUCUGAAGGGGGUCAUCCGCGACCUCGCUGCCCGAAGCGAUGCUCUAGACGCUGCGAUGGACUACAUGGAAGUCGAAGAUGCGAAGAAGAAAGCCGAGAAGAAAACGGAGAAAUUGGAGAUCUCGGCGCUAGCGGUCCAUGGCCCCAGCAACGACACUCACGAUGAAGACAAACGAUUUCGUGAAGCCGAAGUCAACUACUUCCGUCAAGAGCUUGCGUUCCUGCUCCAGAGAGAUCCGCUCCUGCGUAAGUUGGGGCUGACGGUGCCAUGGCCUCUCACGGGUCCAGUUUGCAACCCGCACACGCUAACAAUCCGAGAUCCGCUUCACGCCGUCACGAUGCUGUUCUGCGUGGUCGAAGAUGCUGGUUUCAAGGUACAUGAACAGCGGAUCUCCACCGAUGUACGCGAGUACGAUCUGGAAACCACCGUCCUUACGCUCGCGCGGGUGUACGCAGUGUUGCAGAAGCUCGUCCCGAGUGGAGAUGACUCAUCCGCGCCGUUGCCGACCGGAGACCUCACACCUCCUCGGUUGGACGAUUCGCGGAUCUCCUUCAAGUUUGAAGAUGACGGUGACGCUCUCAUGGGGAGCACUACCUCAACCAAGAAGCCUCCACCGGCCCCACGUGUACUCGCCCAGCGAGAGGUCCACGUGGGAGGAUCCAGGAGGCUCAAGAGGUUGCAACAGAGCCCGAUCGCCCCGGCGGUGUGGCUGAAGACCUUCUUUACCAGUUUGCGAACGAGCGAGACGAGCCUGAAGACGUUGAGAUGCAACCAGUCGCUGCGUCUCCCGCUCGGCCACGUGGCGGAACCGGAGGUCGUGUCGCAGCUGUGUCCACGGCGACUAGGUUGCGAGCAUCGGCUGUGUCCAAACUAA